AUGUCGAAGAUGCUGUGCCUGCUGAAUGCUCCCACGGUUGCCAAGAAACUUGGCAAAAAGUGCAGAGAGCCCAAGCUGGAGAUGCUUGAGGCGCUCAAGUUUUGUGCGCUCAACCUGAACAAGAAGUCACCGACCCUCGCCGAACGGGAGGUGGAAGAUGAGCACAACUGCGAUUUUCUCAUGGGCUUUUUGGCCCUUUUUGCUCACGACCUGCCCACACCAGGGGAGAUGCAGGUGGCACUUUGCAUCGCCAGCCAGAAGUACAACUUGAAUCCCGGCCUCAAGGGGUUUGCACAGCACUGUGAGUGGGGUCGUGUCGAAGCUGGCUUGCAGAGGGGCCUGGUUUCGUAUGUGAUGAUGCGCUUCAGCCGCACGGAGAAAGCGAGGCGGCACCGGGAAAACGACAUGCUGACUACGGGUGGCAAAAAGAUGAAGAGGUCGCAAAGACUUGUGGAGAAGGUGCUGCCCGAUGAGGAGGACACACAAGUUCCGGAAAGCCCCUGCACCCCGGGUUCAGGAGUGAAGCCUGAAUCUGGAUUCCACACUUUGGAUUUCGAGGAAGCCAGCAUGCAGGAAGAAGGGCAGGAGGAAGAGACACCCACAGAUGAUGAGUGUAUGCUUGUGAGUCCUGUUGAAGAGGAUGCAAAUGCAUUGGAGGAGUGCCUCCAGGAGUUUGAAGAUCAUGAUGAGUGUGAAGAUCAUGAUGAGUGUAAAGAUGAAGAAGAGGCUUCCCAAAGUGCGGGUGAAAUGUGCGGAGAGGAGAAGAAAAAAGGCAAAGACGCGGAAGAGACCACUGCUGCCAUGAAGGUGGACGUUGCAUUGGGUUUGAUAGAUGACCGGAAGCCAUUGACAGAGAUGCCAGAAGUUUCUGAGACGCUGGAAGAGCAGGCAAAAGCCUCCUUGAGGCGUUUGAAUGCCAUGGAACCAGGAGAGGCUGAUCUCUUGGAGGAGGCCAUGGAUGAGGAAGGGGAAGAAGGAAAUGAGAAUUUGAGCAAGGCAUUGGAGGCAGCAAGAGCGCCGAAGGAGGCUGAGGGAAGCAAGGGCUCAGAAGAGCAGAAGGAUCCUACUGUGGUCUUGCUGAAAAAGCUCGCGAGCAUGGAUCCCGAGUUCAAGUUUCAUGCCAACUCCAAGUCCUUCACACUUUACCCCAGCGACGAGACGAUGGUGAAGCUCAAUGCCCAGAACCGGCAUUAUUCGUUCUAUGUCAAUCCGGGCAGCAAAGUGGCCAAAGAGAUGAUUGCCCGUGUCAACGAGAAGCUUCUGACCAGCUACAAGGUGCAGCAUCUGCUGGGUUGUGUGUCCAUCUCUGUUGAAUAG